AUGGCCCUGCUCAAUGCCACAGAGACCCAAGAAGGAAACCACACGGUGGCUGAGGCAUCAUGGCUGGAGAGCAACUUGUUUCCAAGCAUGUUCCUCAGUGCUUGCUUCCUGGUGGGCCUGCCUGGGAACAGCCUCGUGGUCUGGACGAUUCUUACCAAGUUCCCCCAGCGCUCGUUCACCAUCAUACUCAUCCUGAACUUGGCGCUGGCUGACUUAAUGGUGAUGCUGACGGUGCCGUUCUGGAUUUACUACUUCGUCCGCAGCUGGGUUUUUGGAGAGGUCAUGUGCAGGCUACUCCUGUACCUUGUCUACUUAACCAUGUACGCCAGCAUCUUUUUAAUCACGCUGAUGAGCCUCCACCGGUUUGCCGUCGUGGUCUUUCCGUUUGCCUCCCAAGGGUGGCGGAGGCCGCCUGUGGUGCGUGGUACCUUGCUGGGCGUUUGGCUGCUGGCCGGGGCUUUUGCGUGCCCGAUUCUGAUGUUCUCCUCGACCCAGAGGGCGGAAGGGGAAUGCACGGAUGACGUAUACAGCUCUGACGGGCAGCGCCUCGCCGUUAACAUCGUGGAGACCUUGUUUGCCUUUGUGAUCCCCUUUGCCGUGCUGUCCGUCUGUUACUCCUGCGUGGUGAGAAGGAUUCGGACUCUGAAACGCCGCAAGAAAAUGAAGACCGGAAAGUUGGUUGCAGCUGUGGUGGGGGCUUUCUUUGUGUGCUGGCUCCCUUACCACACCUUAAAUCUCAUGAUAAUCUCUGCUCUCCUGCUGAAAAGUACUCACCCAGACCCAGCAAGGGCCUUGCUAGAGACAACGGAAGCUUUAACCAACAUCCACGGGGCCGUAGCCUUUUUAAGCAGCUGCCUGAACCCCAUCCUGUACGCCUUCGCUGCGCGGAGCUUCCGCGGAGGGCUGCGAGAGACCAAUUUCGCCAAGUUAUUUGGCAAAAUGCAUGACGACACAGAGGAAAAACCUACCGGAGGCAAUACUGUUUCAAUGCAGGGUUUGUAA